AUGAUAGAGUGUGUUGUGGCAACGCUUGUUGUCCACGAGGGCAAUACUGUGUCUUUGCAAAUGCGUCAGACAACGUUUUGGUGUUGUGAGAAAGAGGACGACUGUGAAGCUGGUCUUCCAACGCCGACAGUGACUGUGAGUGGCUAUGUCACCGAGACAUAUACCCAACUUUUUACUGUGAUAAACACGCCUAGCGAAUACACCUCCUCCAUUAUGGCUCCAUUGAAGUUAGCAAAUAAUUCAACCAGUAGUAUUGUUGGCGGCACCAUUGGAGGUGCGGCGCUGGCCAUGUUUUUCGGAUUUGCCUUUUUCGUAGGCUCGCGACGAGGAUGGUUCCAGAAACAAACGGCAGCUACAAACUCGGGUACGAGACACGAAGAUGGAACUGAGGAGUACAAGCCCGUUCCGACUACAUCGGAGCUUACAACGGAGCAACUAAAUAGGAACUCGAUGGUCUCGCCAACUGACUCUACGUUUGACUGGCGACUUUCCAUACUACCCGAACACCCACCCAAAAUUGGCCCAGACUCGGAGACGCACAGCGCGGACAUUUACGAGAUGCCUUCGGAACGCCGUCAAGAGAGGAUGUCAGAUGAUCAGCGAGAACAAUGA